GCCCACCGGCCGCCCCACUCAUUCCCCGGGCCCGGCGUCCACCAUGCACUUGCUGGGCUUCUUGUCCCUGGCGUGUUCGCUGCUCGCUGCUGCGCUGCUGCCCGGUCCGCGCCAGGCGCCCGCCGCCGCCGCCGCCUGGGAGUCGGGACUUGGCUAUUCCGACGCGGAGCCCGACGCAGGCGAGGUCAAGGCUUAUGCUAGCAAAGAUUUGGAGGGACAACUGCGGUCCGUGUCAAGUGUCGAUGAACUCAUGACUGUCCUCUACCCAGAAUACUGGAAAAUGUACAAGUGCCAGUUGAGGAAAGGAGGCUGGCAACACAACAAAGACCAGGCCAAUCCCAACACAAGGACAGAAGACACUGUAACAUUUGCUGCAGCACAUUAUAAUGCAGAGAUCUUGAAAAGUAUUGAUAAUGAGUGGAGAAAGACUCAAUGCAUGCCCCGGGAGGUGUGUAUAGAUGUGGGGAAGGAGUUUGGAGCAGCCACAAACACCUUCUUUAAACCUCCAUGUGUGUCCGUCUACAGAUGUGGGGGCUGCUGCAACAGCGAGGGUCUACAGUGCAUGAACACCAGCACAGGUUACCUCAGCAAGACGUUGUUUGAAAUUACAGUGCCUCUUUCUCAAGGCCCCAAACCAGUAACAGUCAGUUUUGCCAAUCAUACUUCCUGCCGAUGCAUGUCUAAACUGGAUGUUUACAGACAAGUUCACUCAAUUAUUAGACGCUCCCUGCCAGCAACAUUACCACAGUGUCAGGCAGCCAACAAGACUUGCCCCAUGAAUUACAUUUGGAAUAAUCACCUCUGCAGAUGCCUAGCUCAGCAAGAUUUCAUGUUUUCUUCAAAUACUGAAGAUGACACGACAAAUGGAUUCCAUGAUAUCUGUGGCCCCAACAAAGAGUUGGAUGAAGAGACGUGCCAGUGUGUCUGCAAAGGGGGACUUCGGGCUUCCAGCUGUGGACCUCACAAAGAACUAGACAGAGACUCAUGCCAGUGUGUCUGUAAAAACAAACUCUUCCCCAACUCAUGUGGGGCCAACAGAGAAUUUGAUGAAAAUACGUGCCAGUGUGUAUGUAAAAGAACCUGCCCAAGAAAUCAACCCCUAAAUCCUGGAAAAUGUACAUGUGAAUGCACAGAAAAUCCACAGAAAUGCUUCCUAAAAGGGAAGAAGUUCCAACAUCAAACUUGCAGUUGUUACAGGCGACCAUGUACAAAUCGAAUGAAGCAUUGUGAGCCGGGACUUUCAUUUAGUGAAGAAGUCUGUCGCUGUGUCCCCUCGUAUUGGAAAAGACCACAUAUGAACUAAGAUUGUACUGUUUCCUAUUCUUCAUUUUUCCAUCAUGAAAAACUGUUGCCAUGGAGAACUGUCUAGGAACAGAGAGAGCCUGCGGGGCUGUGAUCACAAAGACUAAAAGUCUGUUUCCAAUCCGUGUGGAUAACUUUACAGAAAUGGACCGGAGCUUGUCUGCAAAAGGCCUCCUUCAAAGACUGGUUUUCUGCCAGUGACCAAACAUCUAAGGCGUUUCUCUUGUGAUUUAAAAAGGAAAAAGAAAAGAAAAAAUAAUGACUAUAUAAUUUAUUUCCACUAAAAAUAUUGUUCCUGCAUUCAUUUUUAUAGCAAUAACAAUUGGUAAAGCUCACUGUGAUCAAUAUUUUUAUAACAUGCAAAAUAUGUUCAAAAUAAAAUGAAAAUUGUAUUAUAA